ACUGUCGAUAGAUAAUACAAACAUAUUUUAUGCAGACGUUUCGUUCAUCUAACGCUACGCUAUCCUAUUCUAGGUAUUCACUCAAGAACUCGUUAACCCCACCGGUCAUACCUUUAGAUAUCUUAAAAUAGUUCUUAUUCAUGGUCUCUUAUAAAUUUUAACGACCAUCGUAAAAACGUCCACACAACGCAAAUCUUAAAAAAUGUAUCCAUUAAAUUUAACUGCAGUACCUAAUACCAGUAGCAAAAACAAUACCAAGAUGAGAGUUGAUCCAUUGUAGCGGCGUUCAACCGCGGCGUUUGUCCGUUUGUCCGCACAACGACAUGCUACGGCAGUCUCCGUAGCGCGAGCGUAGCAGCCGGGCGCUACGAGCCCGCGUAGCCGCGUAGCAGCGAGCGUAGCCACGCGUAGCGACUUUCGUAGCUCGAAGAUCUAAACUCCUGAAUAAACAAUAUGAGUGUUUGGUUUCAACUUAGUGGUGUGCCAACGAGGGGUUAACGUGAUUAUCUCGAGGUUGCACAAGGAUGUAGAAGGAUGUGCGCGCCGGCCACCGCGGCGCUGUUGCUGGCGGCGCUCACCACUCUGCCGUGCCAAGGCACCGACACGGUCAACACCGCGGGAAUAUUCGAAGACUCGCAAAACACAAGCCAAAGUGAAACCUCCCCCACUAUAAACAAAGUCUAUGAAAUGCUCCACACGGACCUAAUAAACUCUAGCCAAUCAGCGCUUUCCAAUCACUCUAACCUUAAUCUUAACUUAGAAAAUUCUCAAUCUAAUCCCUGUUGUCUUCACAAUAAUGUGUAUAAUAAGAGUUCAGAUGGUGCUAAAUAUGUUGUGAAUAGAUACGUUACGUUGGAUAAGAAGAAGGUGAAGCGGAGAAGAGCUGUGAGCGUGGUGCGAGCGGGACAGGGAGAGGGGAACAGUACUGAGGGGAGUGUUGCUGUCUCGCCCCCUCCGCCGGUGAGGAAGAAGCCAGGAGACUCCGGCUCCAGCGCUCCGCUGCUCAACUAUAUCUUCGACACGUACUCCAAUACUCACACGCACCAACAUAGAAAUGGCAGGCAAGGCACGGGCAACAGCAUCUACGCGGCGGCGGCGGCGGAGGUGCGCGCCCUGGUGGGCACCACGGCGCACCUCGACUGCAAGGUCGACGCCCUGCACGACAAACUGGUGUCUUGGGUUCGGCGGAAAAGUGAUGAAGAACCGAUGGAGCUCCUCACCACCGGCACCCAGCAGUACACCGCUGAUGAUAGGUACUCAGCGCGCUUCAUCCCGCCAGACAUCUGGCGGCUCGAGGUGCGGAACGUGCGGCCGUCGGACGGAGCCAACUACGACUGCCAGCUGUCCGCGCACCCGCCCCGGACCGCCCGGGUGGCUCUGUUUGUGCCUGAAGUGUCAGUGCGCAUCGUGGACGGCCUGGGCGCGGCGGUGGCGGAGCAGGUCUGCGAGGAGGGCAGCACGGUGGCGCUCCGCUGUGAGGUCCGCGGCCUGCGCAUGGAGGGCGGGCCGGCGCUGCUGUGGUACCGCCGGGACGACCUGCUCAAUGAUGAUACCACCCGCGGCGGUAUUAGCGUCCGCACAGAGUUCGGCGAGAACGGCGCGGAGUCAGUCCUGCGCGUGGCGCGCGUGCGUGCGGCGGACGCGGGGCGGUACACGUGCCGCGUGCAGCACCGCCCGCCCGUGCCGCUGCCGCCCGCCGCCGUCGUGCUGCACGUUAUUAAAGGCGAGAGUUUGGCCGAGCUGCACCAAGGGGGCGCCACUGUGGCGCUCGACGCGAAUCUGCUCGCGGCGAACUUGCUCGUCGCGCUAAUCAUGCUCGGCGCGAUGUGGACGUAGGUUUAUUUACGGAUUAAACUGUUCAUAUUUGUA